AUGAGUUUAGUGUGUGAGCUGGACGCCUGACAAGUGGUUUUCCGCCGAGAAGAGUUUGAACAGGACCGAGGAGAGGCAGCUGCUAAGUUUGGAGGCCUAUCUUCAGUUUAUUUUACAAUCAAAGUAAUGACUGCCACAAACAGACUUUUAGGAAAAUUUUAAAUAAGCGGUCGUCCGUUGCGGUCUGUUUGGUCUGCUGGCUGUGUUGUGGGUAAUUAGCUAAUUUGGAUCACUCGGCGCUCCCGGUUAAACCUGUAGGGAAACCUGGUCGCAAGUCGCCAGGUGGACGGCGACCAAAAAAAAAAAAAAAAGCUGCUUCAGCGUUCCAACUGUUCUGUAACUCAACUUCAUUUGACCACAUUUGUCCAACAUGUACAGCAUGAUGGAACACGAGCUGAAGCCGACCGGCCAGCCCCCUUCUCAUCAGACCUCCCAGGGAAUGUCACCGGUCACCGGCAACAUGACCGGGAGCAUGGGGAGCAAUGGCAACUCUCACCCGGGCUCCAAAACGGCGUGUGCACCUGGAGUCGACCCCAUGGAUAAAGUUAAACGGCCCAUGAACGCUUUCAUGGUCUGGUCCAGGGGACAGAGGCGUAAGAUGGCUCAAGAAAACCCCAAAAUGCACAACUCUGAGAUUAGUAAGCGGCUGGGAGCGGAGUGGAAACUCCUGACCGACGCCGAAAAGCGGCCCUUCAUCGACGAGGCCAAACGGCUCCGGGCAGUCCACAUGAAGGAGUACCCCGACUACAAGUACAAGCCACGCCGCAAGACAAAGCCCCUGCUUAAGAAGGACACUCAGGUGGGCAAGUACCCACUGUCAGCAGGGAACCUGCUGGCGGCGGCGGCGCAAGGGCAAGGUGGUAGUCCGAGGAUGGAGAGCUACGGCUGGGGUCCCACCGGGGGGUACGCGGGCAUGCAGGGCGAGGCACUCGGCUACACGCAGCAACUACACCGGUAUGACCUGUCAGCUCUCCAGUACCCACCUACAAUGGCGGCGGCACAGACGUACAUGAACGGAGCCAACUCGUACAGCCCCAUGUCCUACAGCAGCAGUCCCCAGCAGCCGAGCCCCGUCACCAUGUCCAUGGUGAAAGCAGAACCGGUGUCCCACUCGCCCCCGACGGGAACUCCAAACCACCACCGCGGGCCUUUGCAGGGCGACCUCAGGGACAUGAUCAGCAUGUACAUUCCCGGCCCGGGAGGGGACACCAGCGACCCCACGACAGCGCAGAGGGGCUACACCAGUGUCCAGCAGCACUACCUCACUGGAACUGUCCCACUCACACACAUCUAGGACUGAUAGUGGGGAUCAUGAGGGGUGGGGGGGGUUGGACUGUAAGCGGGAGAAC